UCCCAGCAUGCGUUGAUGACAUCACGAAGUGCCCCUUCUUUGUGUGUCAGUGAUGUCACCAAAUGCAGUGUGGGGGACAAUGGAAUCCUGAACUCCGGGCGAGGGCGAGUGGGAAGCGGCUGCUCCUGCUGCUGGUUCAGGGCUGAGCCGGGGGAGGGAAGGGAGGACACAGCUGCUGCUUUAGGGCUGAAACAGGUGAGAAGUUGCUGCUGCUGCCGGAGGGACAAAGCAGCGAGAGAGACACGAGUGGCCAGGCCCAGCCGCACCGAGGAGGAGCAGCCAGACACAAAGGGAGAGGUUGGGGUGUGUGGUGGGGGGGUCGCUAUGUCGGAUGACGAUUCGAGGGCCAGCACCAGCUCCUCCUCAUCUUCAUCCUCCAACCAACAGACAGAGAAAGAGACAAGCACACCUAAGAAGAAGGAAAGCAAAGUCAGCAUGAGUAAAAACUCUAAACUGCUAUCUACCAGUGCCAAGAGGAUUCAGAAGGAAUUGGCUGACAUCACCUUAGAUCCACCUCCCAACUGCAGCGCUGGCCCCAAAGGUGAUAACAUCUACGAAUGGAGAUCAACCAUUCUAGGACCUCCAGGUUCAGUCUAUGAGGGAGGUGUUUUCUUCCUUGACAUCACAUUUACACCAGAAUAUCCCUUCAAACCUCCAAAGGUAACCUUCCGGACAAGGAUCUACCACUGUAACAUUAACAGCCAAGGCGUCAUCUGCCUGGACAUUUUAAAGGACAACUGGAGUCCAGCGUUAACCAUUUCUAAAGUUCUCCUCUCCAUCUGCUCCCUCCUCACAGACUGUAACCCCGCUGACCCCCUGGUUGGAAGCAUUGCCACUCAGUAUAUGACUAACAGAGCAGAGCAUGACAGAAUGGCCAGACAAUGGACCAAAAGAUACGCUACAUAAAUUGGAUUUUCGUCAAACUCUUACAUUAUUUGUCUGUGAUGGAAAGAGCUGCUUAUGAUUUUGAAGGGGUGGGGGGAGGGAGGGUGCUGGUAAAGAGUAGGGUAUUUCUAUAACAGAUUUUAUUCAGUCUUUUAUUUCCUAAGAUUUUGUUGUUGUAACUUAAGGUAUCUUGCUACAGUAGACAUCUAGGAUUUGGAAUAGCAUACUUUAAGACUGUAAUUAGUUCAGCAAUAUUAGCUCACAUAUAGUACCGAGAAGAAUGUAAACUUCUUAGACUUCUUUGGUUUUCAGUUUGCUUGCAAUAUGUAAAAGAUUAAAACAGCUUAAUUUUGUACAGGUACAUUGGUUGACAUUUAUGUAAAAGUCCUUUCAAGACACACUGUUUUUGCUUUGUGUUUGUUUGGGUUUGAGGGAUUUAUUUUGUUCUGGGUUGAGUUUCCUUUUUUUUUUUUUUUUCUUUUUUUUGUAAAAAGAUGUUGGGAUUGUUUUUUUCCCUAUGGAGGGCACAUUGGUAUUUAACAAAUCCUUUCUAAAGACUGUCAUCUCAUGAUCUGUGAUAUGGAGAGGUGGAUAUAUGGCCUCAUAUAUGAAAUGAGAAGUAGUUAAUGUAUUAUUUUAUAAGCCAAUCUAUCUUUGUGAAAAGAAUAAAGGGUUUAAUCAGGACUUAUGGUAACCUGUAGUGAAAUACCUUAAGCUGUUUAACUGUAAGGUGUGGAAUAGGAGUCACUCAGUGGAUUGGUUGUAUGUUGUGGGCUACAUAAGUCUGCAUUUGUUACUGUGCUAAUAAAAAGAUGUUUAAAAAAAAAAAAA